GCGCGCGGCGUGGUUGUGCAGUGUCUGCCACUCCACACGGUUGCCCGCGAAGCGUGUGUGCGUGAGUGGGAUGGUGGCGUGCUGAACUGAGAAGGGUGGCCCAGCUCCUCUGACCGGACGGCGGCUGCUGCGCUACAGCCAGACAUGAUGCCGCAGCCCGAGGCGGCGGUGCUCGCCACGCAGAACUGCGUGGCGCGCGCGCUGUACGACAACAUCGCAGAGUCGCCGGACGAGCUGGCAUUCCGGCGCGGCGACCUUCUCACCGUACUCGAGCAAAACACGGCCGGCAUCCAGGGCUGGUGGCUCUGCUCGCUUCGCGGACGGCAGGGUAUAUGUCCCGGUAACAGGCUACGUCUGUUGGCCGGUGUGUACGACACGGGAGGCGAGACCGUGGUGGCAGACCUCAACACCCUGCAGCGGCAGGGCAAGCGUCGCAGCUGGCAUGUGCAGCCCAACAAGGUGCUGACCCCGCAGAAGGUGGGCGACGUGUACCUGUACGACCUGCCGCCGCAGCGCGGACCCGCCGCUGCCAGCGCCGCCGCGGCCGCGCAGGAGAAGUACGACGUGCCGCCCGGGUCCUCACACGUCGUACUGCCGCCGGAGCCCGUCACCUCGCAAGACGACGCGUCGGACGAGGGCGAGAGUUACGACGUGCCGCGCGGCUACUACGACGUGCCGAGGCCGGCGCGGCCGCUGCCCAGCAGGCCGCAGACGCCGACGGCGCCGCCGACGCUGACGCCGAGCCCGACGCCGCCGCCGUCGCGGACGGGGUCGCCCGGUCUGACGCGGAGCGCGCCUUGUCGCUUUGCAGGCGGGGAGUCGUACGACGUGCCGCGCGGCUGCUACGACACGCCGCGCUACCCGCGGCCCACGGCCGUCGUGCCCUACGACGUGCCGCGGCCGCUGGGCGCGCCGCUCACGCCCUCCUCGUCGGCGUCGUCGCUGACGGCCGACUCGUCGCUGCCCGGCUCCAACCGCUCCAGCCUGCUCGCCGCCGAGUACGACGUGCCGCGCCCCCAGCGACCCGCCUUCGCCACGCCGCCCCCGCCCCCGCCGCAGACGCCCCCGCAUCCCGACAAGCAGCAGCAACACCAGCAACAGCUGUACGACGUGCCGCCGGCGAGCAGCCCGCUGCCGCUGGAGCUGGGCUCUGCGCUGGACUCGCUGGAGCGGCUGCAGGCGGAGGCGGCGGGCGCGACGUCGCGGCUGCUGGGGCUGGCGGGCCCGCAGUGGCGGCGGCGCGACCGGCUGGAGGCGCGCCUCAUGGACGUGCGGCUGGCGGCGGUGCGGCUGCGCUCGUCGCUGCACGACCUGGCCGACUUCUGCGAGGGCGCGCUGGGCAACGCGGCGCGCGCGCCCGACAAGGCGCUCGCCCCCAAGCUGCGGCCGCUGGCGCGCGCGCUCCGAGACGCCGACCGCCUCGUGCAGGACGCGGCCGCGCAGCUCGACGCCGCCAACUGGGACCUCGACCGCCUCGCCAGGGACCAGGGUGAAGAGAACUGCCGCACACCAGAUGCUCUGGACCAGCUGGUUGCAUGUGCGCGUGCUCUCACAGAGGAUGUGCGCCAAGCUGCCUCCUUCAUCCAGGGUAACUCAACGUUACUAUUCAAGCGUGCUGCUUCACCUCCACCGCCAAGCAGUGGUUCUGAUUGGCUGGAGGACUAUGACUAUGUCAACCUAGAGUCACGAGAAAGUGUUGCACGGCAAGAUGCAGAGAUCCUCGACUCCCUACCAGCUGAGUUGCGUAAAUCGUAUGACGCUCUUGUCAAGGAGGCAGAGUCUGCUGCUGUCAUAGGAGAGCCUAAACAAACCACCGAAACAACACCACCAGCAGAUGGAAGUUCUGAGCUGGAUGCCAACGAUCGACAGGUUUUAGCAUUUUAUGCUGCACAAACAGCCACACAUUCUGCAUUAUUGACCCACGCUAUUGAUGCAUUUCUCCAGACUGUUGAACGUAAUCAGCCACCGAAAGUGUUUUUGGCACAUGGAAAGUUUGUAGUCCUCAGUGCCCAUCGCCUAGUGCAUAUUGGUGACACUGUCCACCGGAAUGUUGUCCACCCAGGUGUGCGUGCACGAGUCCUCACCUGUGCAAAUGCGCUAAGUGAAGCUCUUGCCACAACUGUUGCAAAGACGAAACGUGCUGCUCUUCAUUUCCCUUCUGUCACAGCAGUGCAGGAGAUGGUUGACUCAGUUGUGGAUGUUUCCCAUCUUGCGCGAGAUCUCAAACUUAGUCUUAUUCACCAGUAAUAGCAAAACAUAUUGCAUAAGGCAUUAAAUUGAAAGAUGAACAAUUUUGAUGUGGGUUUUUCCCUCAUAGUCAUGAAAUGUGACUGAUUAUUCAUUCCUGUGAAGUAAUGGACAUGCCUGUGGAACAAGUUCCCCUAUGAAGAUGAACUUUUGAUUGCACAAGGACAGUGCAAACGUCUGUAUAAUCUGAGCAGCCUGCUUAAUAGUAAUCAGAGUAUCAAUAAUGGCGUCCGCAGUGUAGAGUAAGGGUGAGAGGAAGUUUGUGCUCGUAGUUUGAAAAUACUUACUGUGCUAUUACUAUGUUCAUCAGUAACAGUUUCAUUCACUGCAUGUAUGCAGAUUUGAAGUAAGAUGAAUAAUGAUUGUGUAUCUAUGGUAUAAUAUUGUAUGAUGUGCAAAUAUUUGUUGUUUUUUUUUCUCAUUCUGAACAUUUGCUAUAGAAAAGUAUUACAAUAUUUACUCCUUUGAAGGAACAUAGUUGUAGAUAUGCAGCUAUACUGUAGCAGCUCUUGUAAUAUAUUAUCUUCUUCCAUGUCUUGUAGAAUCUUAAAAGUCAUUUAAGACUGACAGAUAAUUUAUUGCCAUUGAGCAUGUCAUUAUAUAGAUUUGCUGAUGAAUUUGUGUAUUUAUAAUGUCCUUUUUAAUCAAAAGCUGAAGGAAGGUGGAAGAAAUGUAAUUUUCUGUGGAAUUUCCACCUUUGAAGAUGUGGAGUGCUGUUGACGAUGUUUUAUUUUCAUGCUGAUUUAUGUAAUAUUCAGCUACUGAACAGUUUAGCAGUUUUACUGCUCUGCUGUUAAAAGAUACUGGCUGUAUCCUGUAUUUCAGUACAAUAAAUGUAAUGUAUUAUAUAAAAAAAUUAAGUAAUUUCAGUGUAUACUUGUCAUCGUAAUAAAAUUGCGUAUCAUAAAGG